AAAUAAAUACUUGAAAACUCUCUCAGAGUGGCGUGGUAACUAGAUAAUAGUGCCAGCUCAUGAAAAUUUUAAGUGAAGCUUGAAAUGUAAGAGACAUGCGCUCAAACUUGCGACUCAGAGGCUGGAGGUGCUCUUAUCAGUCGACUCCAAACAUUAAUGAGGUAGUGGAUAAUGAGUAUUGCUGGCACCAAAAUCCUGUGACACCAUGGAGAAGUCUGAGAACUAGAUUGGAGGACCCUGUGAGAGGAAGGCGAACACCCCCAUUUUUAUCUGGCUUUACAUCGUUUGACGAACCAUGGAGAUCAGAACACACAUCUAGUCCUUUUUUAUUCCUGGGUCGGACACGCAGUGUCCCCGAAGCUCUACAUUGCUACAACAGACCCACUUUACGGUCAAGCUUCUCGUCGAUCACCAUCACCGCCCGGAGUUUGUCUCCUAAAAGGGAUUACUCAAACUCAACCUAUCGUCCUCUGAACAUGCCUGACAGACCGCCCUCGCUCCUGGCCCGCAGUGAAAAUAAAACCCUACAAAGCAUUGCUGGCACUCCAGUGCCUUCUAGACACAAGACAGUUGUGGUGACGGUGACCGAGAACAGAGAACGACAUUGUGCCAGCGAGACCCCCAGCAGUCCCCAAGCUCCACCAGUCUAUGAGCACAGCUACACUGAGGAAGAGGAUCAAACAGACUCUUUGAAACGUCCUAUCUUCCGCUCUUGUGCCCAUCUGGAGCUCCCACCGUCCAAGCUGUCCAGAUCUACUCUGUACUUGGACAAAUCCCUCACAAUCCCUCUUGGACAGACUUUGUAUAGAUCCACUCUGUCCCUUUCCCUUGGAAAACCAUCUUUCACUCAGACUCCUGAGAAACCUCAAACGAUGAUUCAAACUAAAAGGUCCUACAGUGACUGGGACAUGGCGAACGUUGGUGUUGAUGGAACAGAAAGGCUGUCCCAGCAGCUGAAGAAUGGUUCAACCGUCAAUGGCAGUGGCUUUAAAAAUAAUACUGGCUCCGGCUCCGACACGCAGUGUUCCACUUUAACAUCAUUGCCAUUCAGAACAAGGUGCCACUCAUCUUCUGCUGCCUUCAGACUGAAUGGAAAGGCUAAUGAUGUCUUAGGGCCUCCGCAGAGCAAUCUAAGAGCCAGACAGGCAUUCAGCGGGCCAUCAGGAGUCCCUCAGGUGCAUGUAAGGGCCCCUCAUGAGGUCAAGACAGUUUUCCACACUGCUGAGAAUGUCAGGAGACUUACUGAGUGCCCAGUCUCUCCUCAUCUGACUAAUUGCACCUGUGGGUCCAAGACUGACCAGCAGGACACAGGAUACCAGUCGCUUAGCUUGAGGGAGGCUCUUGAGCUAUUUCGUCCAGAUUUCAUCUCUCGCUCUCUGAAUCGGGUGCGACGAUUGGAACUCAGGGCCAGGGAGAGGCGGAGCUUCCAAACAGCUGAAUUCAUCAUGGGCGUGGAGACGGCGAACCGUAGGCGGAACUGCACCAAACCACACCCACUUAGCGAUAACCUUUUCAAACCCAGAGACAGAGCCAUCUCAGGCAAGGAGAUGCAAUGGAGAUCCAGGCGGAUUUACAACAAACUCCCAGAGGUGACCAAAAAGAAGGAGGAGGAGAGGAAAAGGCUGGUGUUGGAAACCAACAGACUGAGGGCAGAGGUGUUCAAAAAGAAACUUUUGGAUCAGAUUCUUCAAAGACACGGUGACUGAGGGAAGUGCCUGUUCACAAGAUUCAUAUCCCCCGCGUUCUCCUUGCCUGAGGCAAAGAACUGAAGACGAGCAAGACCUUUGCAGCUUCCUCCUGAGAGCAGAGCUUGGCUUUCUGAUGCAUUGUUCCAAAUAUAAAACACCUUUUACUGGACCUGGGGUGAAUCCACACGACAUAUGGAUGCACGUCCAUGCCCUGUUGAGUCUGUGCUGUGUGAUAGGUAUUUUUAAAAAGAACUUGUUUGAAAUUACAGUAUAAGACUCUAGAUCUGGUUGGAGUCUGUUUUUUGGUGAGAAUGUACUGUCAUUAAAAUGUAAAAUCGCCAUAUACCUUAUUCAAAAUGAUAAAAAAUAUUGGAAAUAGAUCGAGAGGAACCCAGCUAAUGGCAAAACCCAUUACGAAGAUUUAUUAUGUACAGCUUGUUCUACUGUUGAAAUAAUAGUAAUUUUGGUUCUAAAGGUCAUCAACAAUGGUCUCAUAAUAGUAUUCUUUGGAAACAAAAAAAAAAAGAAAAGAAAAUGCAGUAUUGCCAUCUUUGAACCUGCUUUUAUUCAGAUUCAUUAUGCAAUGUUCUUCACAUUAAAAUUUGGACAUUAUGUUCACUUUCUGUAAUAGCCAAUUUCAGAAAGUGACGCUGCUCUGUAAUGUUAAAAUGCCGUGGGAUGCAUGAUAAAAACAGAGGGGCAUGUAUCCCACUGACUCCUUUGCCCUGGAAGUGUCAGGGUUUCUGGUGCGGAAAGUGAAAUUUGGGGUAAUGGAAUUCAAGAGAGAACAGCAUAACGGGAGAUUAGUCUGGAAAGUCGGUGAUCAGGUGUUAGAUGACAGAUUGGAUGACAUGAUGGUAAAGCAGAGACAAGUAACUUGAGGGGGGAAAAAUCAGCUGUAUUCAGCAAUCAGAAUUCAGAGCUGGUUGUGGCGCUUUGAAAGUCUCAUGAAAGGAAGAGCAAGCAAAUAUGCUGAUUUGAAAAUGCAAAAAUGUUAACAAGUCCUUGAGUCUCUGAGGUCAGUACGGUACCUGCUGGAAACCUUGAGAGAGUUAUUAUAGAGUGCCUUGCAUACCGAAAAGGAAAGGAAAAAUGACCCCAUUAAGAAAAUGAAUAAUUUCCUUGCAAAUAAACUUACAAAAUUCGUGGAGCCAUAAAACAGCGUUAUGUAGGCAAAAAAUAACUUGACAUUAAUCAUAUAAUAUUUUAAAUGUAGUAUGAAAUUUAAUUUAAAAUGCACAAUUUUUAUCCUAGAUUGUAAUCACAGUAGCAUUCAAAUGACACUGAAGUCAUUCAUGUCAUAUCAAGCAGAAGCCAUUCACAGGAUUGAGUGAAUGAGAAUAACACUGUGACAGUGAAAUAAAUAAAUACAUUUAUUUGUUUUGAAGGCUACACAUCAAUCAUUGUCCAGAAACACACAAUGAAGAAAUAAUAUCAUAAAAUUGAUCUGGAAUGCAUGUUAAAAGGCUUUUUAAAGAAAGUUUAUAUAUAAACUUAUAUAUAUUAAAAUUGAACCUAUUUACUUUGUUUUCUUAAUAGACAUCCUACAUCUAAUUGUAUAUAAAAAUAAUAAUAAUGGAUCCACUUUAUUAAUAAUGGUGUUUUAACUACUGUGUUCUGUGUUGUAAUCCAUUACUGAUUCCAAAUAACAUGGCUAAAAUUGUAGUUAGUAAAGUAAUCCAUUACAUUACACAGUUUGGGUAAUAUAAUCAGAUUACUUUUAGAUUACUUUUGAAUUAACCUCUUUAUUACAUUGAUUUGAAUAGUAUAAUCUUGACAUAAAAAUACAAAGAGUAAGAAAAUAUCCAUUUGUUGUUAUUAACAACAUGAAGUGCAUGAAACAUUACAUUAUGUCAAGGUUUCUCAAACUGGGUUUGUGAUGGAACUGCAGGGGGGUUAUGAGUUUAAUGAAAUGUUAAUAAUUAAAAAUCACAAAAAUGUUAAAUUAAAAUAAAUUGUUUUAAAAACAAUCAAAAUAAAAAAAAAAAAUCCCCAAAAAUUGUAAUUUUUUAUUUGUUUACUUCCAUGUCAUGUGACCAUAACCAACAUCAGAGAAUGAAUGAACAUGCAAAUAUGAUAAUUAUUAAAAUAUUUAUUUUAAAAUCUCAGGGGUACUUCAAGUAAAUAUAGGUGAAAGAGGAUCAGAUGAGAAAAAGA